CUGAAGCUGCAUGGUCACAGCCAUGAAGUCAACUGAGAGAAAACAGCAGUUGCCUGGAAACAAGAGGAAACAAACCCAUGUCUGGCAGAGUGAGUCUGUCUGACGGAAAGCUACUGCACAACACGUCUUUUCUUUGUCUGACUUUGAGCUGUAUAGUUCUUGUUUACAAAUCUCUUGUGGUGGCGUCUUGAUGCAAAGUGAAAUUCUCAGGUUGGAGAAAUAAAUGUGAGGCCCUUUUUUCUUUUUCAUAUUACUCAGCGUGCUGGAUCUCAGGACGCUGACUCAGCAGGGCUGCUGGCUGGACUGUGUUGGGUAACAUCAUCUUUCAUUCCUGAUCACUGUUAACUACAGUCCCCUUCGCUGGUCUGUGACUCUGCAGCAGAAUGGCCAAGGGCAAGAAAAUCAAACAGGCUAAAAGUAAGACCAUCACCUUGAAAGUGGCUCAGAACUGUGUGGAGUUGACUCUGGACGGUAUACGUCGUCUGAACCUCAGUUUCAAAGAAGUCGUCACGGUGCCGAAGUGCAUCCAGAAGCUGUGUGAAAUGGAUGAACUGGACCUGAGCAGGAACCUGAUUACAAAGGUCCCGGACUUCAUUGACAAUUUCAUCCGAAUCCGUGUUUUGGAUCUGCACAGCAAUUAUCUGGAGGAGCUCCCUUUAACAAUUGGACGUCUCCAGAGCUUGCAGGUUUUGAACCUGUGUAAUAACCGUCUGACGAGCCUCCCCAGCGAGAUCGGCCUGCUAAGGAGCCUCCAGACGCUCAACCUGGGUAUAAACCGACUGGAAAGUCUUCCGUCCUCCAUCUCUGCAUUAAAAGAGCUCCGCCACAUCGGCCUUUCUGACAACCGAUUCACCCGGGUUCCUGGCUGCCUCCGGAAGCUGAGCAACCUGGAGAGUGUGAACCUGGACAGGAACCCAAUGGCCAUUGAGGAGGUACCCAGCAACGAGUCCCUGAUGAUGGCAGAGAGGUUUUAUCUGGUCCAGGAGAGUGACCUGUGUAAGGACUGCCUGAAUAAGUGCCAAAUUGAGAGGAAGAAUGUGGAGGAUGUGGAAAACAGGAAGGAGACAUUAUUGGGUACAUCCGACUUGGUGACCCAGGAAAACAGGGAGAUGUAGAGAUGGGUUUCACUGAAAAAACACACGUCUUUUCAUUCUUUAUUACUCUUUUAAUUUGACCAAACUGUAAAUUCAAGCAUACUGUAAUGUACCCUUGAUAGUAAAGUGGUUUUAAGUUUUACCAUCUGCGGUUUGAAACGUACAGUAAGCAGCCUGAGUAGAUUAACAAAAAAUAAAUUAUUACUACAUGAUGCACUAAUAUAGUUACAGACUGACUUUUGGGCCAACAACAGCCCAUCUCAACCUUCUAAAGUUCUUCAAAAUAAAGUGUCACAUUGGUUAAAUAAAUUAGGUUAAUAUCCAGUGGGCGUCUUGAAUGACAGAAACCUAAUGUAGUUUCACAUUUGUGAUUUUCUCAUUUAUGGUAGGACACAGUUUAAAAGUCAAAAUCAUCAAGCAGCAUGAAUCAAAUUUCAAACAUCUAUCACAGUUUUGGCUAAAAGUAAGAAAACCACCUUGAAAGUGGCUCAGAGGUGUGUGGAAAAAAAUAACCUGUAUGUAUACAUUUGGCAGAUUUAACAGCAUGAAAAAUAACAAAGGCAAAUAAAAAUGAUGUACAGUACUGCCUGUGUUGACAGUCUCUUCGGCCUAGAGGGCAGCAAAGACUACCAGAAGCCACAAACACCAACACUUCAUUCAACCAGCACUUUUCCGUCACUGAUUGUGAAAGUUUCCACAAACUAUAACCUAAAGGUAGUCUGUCAAUACAUCAUUAUGCAUCUUCUGUUUAUUUGAAAUCUCUUGAAAAGGGGCAGCACUGAUUUUCUGCACAUUAUAUGCAUCUUCACUGUUACUGUCACUGUGAAAUGAAGUACAUUAACGUCACAGCAAUGUGAUGCAACGUUUAAAGAGUAUCAAUUAUUCAAAGGAUCAUAAACGAGAAAUUGUAAUAUCUUGUAAUGUCAAUGAUGACCUUUGAAUAAACACAAAUCCACUUUUUGGUUA